CCAAAGAGCGCGCUGUCAUGGUUUAAUCGGUCAGCAAACGAUAUCCUUUCUACGGAAGGGAAGCAUGCUGCAUGCAUGUCGUGAAUGUGGACAACACGUCUAUAGAAAAAAAAGAAAUUUCCCUUGGACAAUCUCUUUUUCUUCAGCCAUUUCAUGGUUGUAGGAUCCAGGUGUGUUCUGUUUGGCACCUUUUGCUUUUGUGUAAAGGUCGCAGAUAAAGUUCUAGUACAAAAUGGUCUUCAUCAGGCCAAAGUAUUAUAAACAUUUCAUUCAGACCGAAGAUGACUGCAAGCAUCUCAUCAACGUUCUUGUCUUGGACGGACACUAGAAAUGGAUCAUGCCACUCAUCCGGAGACAAAUAACUGAAUGGAACAGCUAUUUGCCGACUUGGGCUUCACGUUGUUACAACAUUUAUCUGCGUUUACCAGAGGAAAAUGAAUUUGGGCGAAAGCGAAAGCAAAAGACCUACACCGAAAAGAGAAAGUCUGUAGGUCUGCUGUGCUUUUAUGAACUUGAAGCUCACAUGGAAUUUCAUCACGAAGCCAUGGAAAUAAGUGGAUAUCUAUGGUCUAUCCCAUUAAGACGAUGACCAAAUUGUAUGGCGCGCUUUCACCAUUUAGUUGACCACCCUCUACCUUCCUGCAAGAUGCUUAUAAAAGCUUUCGGUUCAUCAGCCUUGUGCAGUACGUUUGGCUGCUGGAAUCGUUGGAGUUCACACAUGCGUGUCUCAGAUUUUGAAGAACUGAUCAACAAAGCAAGGCUUCUCGUCAUUCUUCGACCGUGUUUGAGUCUCAGUGUCAAUUUCCAGCUGAACCAUGAAGGAUUUAACAAAGGAAACGCUCGAAGAGAUGGGGUGUUAUGAAAACAACGAAAAUAGUUUACCAUUACAUCGUGGUUGGUCCAGUCCAAACGCUAUGGGAAUCCAUACUGUCAAGGAGUCCCAUCUGCAGUCUGACAGCGAAGUCCGUUUGAGUAAUAAUGAAGUAACAUUAGGAACAAGCAACACUACCCCAGUUUGGGAGUUUCGUGAUAAUGAAUGGCGACUCACCUACGGUGAAUGUGGAGAGACCAGUCUAAUCUAUGCCAAAUACGAGAAAUUACCUUUGCAGGAUUUCGACGUCGAAGUGAGACCGGCCGUCGACGUCGAGCAAUUUUUCAACCAGGGGCAUGUCUUUUUACUGGAGGACGAUGUUGCAGAAGAGACAUACCCUUCCUCUGUUGAUUUGGUGGACAUGUUGCUGAACAAAAUAGGAUUAUCUACAACUGUGGUUGAAGAAGCCAAAAGAAUCCUCUUUACACAUGACGCUGCCUCGAGUAGGACAAUUCAGGCCACAUUUAGCCCCAAAGACAAAAAGAAUGGCAAUUUUGCCUACGAUGAAUCUUGGAUGUGCCUGGUAGGCGAUAUUCCAUCACUUGUGCAGCGACACAUGGCCAUCGUCAGGUUCAAGCAUCCAAUGAAUAUGGGGACGACUUGCCAUGAUCUCCAACUUUUUGUGCUAAUACUCUGCCCAGCUAAAGAGAAAGGAACAAAGAAUGCGUUGGAGACGGGCCGUACAUUCGCUACAUUGUUAGCUGAUCAUCAUCUUCGUCGUCAACUGGUGGAAGUAGCUACCGAACAAGAAUUCAAGCAGCUUCUAUUCAAUAGAACGCGAGAGUUGAUUGAGGAACAGCAUCAGAGUCGUUCAGCCGUUUCAAUCAAAUUGAACUCCGUUGUUGAACCAUCACCAAUCACAAAUACCGCAAUGAGUAACAGUAUCUGGAAGCUUUGUCAGUUUGGGCAAGGCAUACGAGAGGAUCUUUCUCGUCGUCUACCGCAUUAUGUGUCGGACUACGUCGACGGCAUAAUUGGAGUAAAGACGCCACAAAAAGUUCUGUCAACCACCUUUUUCCUUUAUUUUGCCUGUCUACUUCCGGCCAUUGCGUUUGGAGUGCUCAACGAUCACAACACCCACGGCAAAAUUGGUGUCAAAAAGGUGAUUGUGGGGCAAACGAUUGGCGGCCUCUUUUUUGUCAUAUUUGGUGGCCAGCCGCUAUUAAUUCUUUUAACUACCGCACCUUUAGCGCUCUACAUAAAAGUUAUUUCCAGCAUCUGUGAUGAUUUCCAGUUGGAUUUCUACGCCAUGUAUGGCUGCGUUGGUCUUUGGUGCGCCUUUUUCCUUUUACUCUUUUCCCUUUUCAAUGUCUCACGAUUGAUGCGUUGGUGUACCCGUUCUACGGAGGAAAUUUUCGGCCUUUUCAUUUCUAUUGCAUUUUGCGUCGAUGCUUUUCGUGACACUGCCAAACAUUUUCAAAAGAAUUUCAAUUCCCCCCAAUGUUUGGGCGAUGUGAACAUGACAAAAGGCUUAAAAUCGUCGCUGACUUACUACAUACUGAACGAAACAAGAACAAACAGCUCAACGGUUGAAACACUGAUUUCGGCCAUCGAAGAGCCAAUGGCGAUUGAAUGCAACCAGGCCAGCUCGCUGCUUUUCCUUUUGCUGAUGUUGGGCACCGUCUGGCUAGGCGUUUCCAUCUUUAAUUUCAAAAAAACGCCUUUCCUCUCCGCUGGAAAACAAGAAGCCCUGGCGGAUUAUUCAUUGCCUAUCGCCGUGGUCACGAUGAGUUUUGUUGGUUCGUAUUUCUUCCAAAACGUCAAAGUUGAGCCGUUCCGUUACGACGACAGUGAAAAUGUAUUCUCUUUGACACCAUUGGAUCGGCUUCCUGGACUGGCCGUCGUCGGGGCAAUGGGAUUGGGUUUUGCCUUGUCGCUGCUCAUUUUCAUGGAUCAAAACAUUUCAUCAGCGAUGGUGAACACGCCCCUCAACAAUUUGAAGAAAGGACCAGCACACCAUUGGGAUUUAUUUGUCAUGGCGAUUUUGACGGCUGCACUGUCUGCCGUUGGGUUACCUUGGAUGCAUGCACUCGUACCUCACUCGCCACUUCACGCCCGUGCGCUGGCUGAUGUCGAGGAACGUGUUCACCAAGGCCACGUCUAUCAAAUAAUUGUUCGAGUGAGGGAGACUCGACUGACGGUUCUGUUUUCACACAUCCUCAUUGGCUUAUCGAUUCUGUUGUUGCCCUACCCGUUGGCCUAUAUCCCACCGGCCGUUCUCAACGGGCUUUUCCUCUAUGUGGCCAUCACCGGACUCGGCGGCAAUCAAAUGUUUGAACGCAUCACACUCUUCUUUACGCAGCAAUCCGCUUAUCCGCCAAAUCACUACAUCCGCCGAGUUCCACAGCGCAAAAUCCACCAGUUCACCGUAUAUCAAUUAGGCCAGCUUGUGUUGAUGUGUCUGUUCGGUUUUGUGCCCUGGCCUUACAUGAAGAUGAUUUUUCCCUUAAUUCUCCUUUCGCUAUUACCGAUUCGUCACAUGAUUAUCACCCGACUAAUUGCUGGUCGUUUUCUAACAGUCCUCGACAGCAGCGAACAUUAAUCAAUUUACUAAAUUUGUGUAUUUUACUUUUUCCUAUACAAUGUACAGAACACAGAACAGA